AUGCAGUUUGAAGCCUUCUGUGCAGGGGGCCUGGCCCCUGGCUGGAGCCUGCUGGUCCAGGGACACUCUGACUCUGGAGAGGACAAGUUUGAGAUCAACUUCCUGUCCGAGGCGGGGGAGAUUGCCUUCCACGUCAAGCCCCGGUUCUCCAGCGCCACCGUGGUGGGCAACACGUUCCAGGGGGGCCGCUGGGGCCAGGAGGAGGUGUCCAGUGUCUUCCCACUGGUGCUGGGGAAGCCCUUUGAGAUGGAGGUCAGCUCAGAUGCGGAGCACUUCCACGUCCACGUCCAGGAGCACAAGGUGCUACAGUUCGCACACCGCCACAGGCCGCUGGCGGCCAUCACCCGGGUGCAGGUGCUCAGUGACCACCGCCUGGCCCAGGUGGCGCUGGCCAGGAGGGACCUGAGCUGGUGGGACGGGGGCCACUGAGCUGUACCCGAAGUCCCCGGAGGGAGCCUCAGUCAGCAACCGUCCCUUGUCCGGUGGAGCCCACGCUGGGGGAGCUGAGGGGAGUGGUGUGUGGUUCUGCCCCUCCCAUUCUAGCUCCACCUUCA